AUGUCUACUGCUGGCCUAAGUAUGUCUGUGGGGUCCGGUGGUGGGUUACACCAUGAGAUACAGGAAGCAAUAGCACAGAUGGAGCUUUUGAAAGUACCGGAGCUCAAAGCUGUUUGCAGAUCAAUUGAACUCCCGAUAACUGGUCGUAAAUCCAUCUUACAAGACCGAAUACGAGCGUACUUAAAAAAUUCAUGCUCCAUAGGACGUAUAGACCCUUGGCGACCCAAGACAAUAAAGAUAUUAAUAGAGAAAUCCAAGGCUGGUCAGGUGCUGCCGAAAUACGAAAUGGUGUGGCAGACGAUAAGAAGUGGGGCUUUCAAUCACCCCGUGGCCACUGGACAGCUUCCCGUGAGUAGUCUGCAGGAGGAUGGUACGUUGACUGUUGGAAAUCAAGUGGACUACAAUGCCACAAAUACCGUGAGACCUAGUGAUGUUUAUGUGGGCCCUACAAGACCCAGUAUGUCUGUGGAGCCUAGGAAAACCUACAUUCAUUUUAAAGAGUCGCCAUUUUACAAGAUGAGAAAACUGAUUCCCGAAACAGCUCAAAAAAUUAAUGUUACAAAUGUUCGAGGAGUUUGCUCUUGCAAAUUCAAAUUCACAAAGGCUGAAUGGAACUUAUUACAGGGAAAUAAAAAAUUCAAAGUAUACCUGUUUUGUGCAGCGGCAAGCCCAUCAGCGGAAGCUGGCAAUGUGCCUAUUCAAUUUCCACAUCCGAACGAAAUAAGAUUCAAUGAUACGCAGGUGAAAGACAAUGUUAGAGGAUUAAAAAAUAAAGUGGGGACGGCUAAGCCCGCAGAUUUAACUCCAUAUCUACGACCACCGCCUGCUCAAAACGUUUUAGAAAUUGUUUAUGCAUUCACGAAAAACGAGUUUUUCACCUACUGCUACAUUGUGGAGGAAGUGCUCCCAGAAGAGUUGUUACAAGAAGUUUUAAAGCAUCCAAAAAUUAUAAAACAUGCAACGUUGCAAUAUAUAAAGCAAACAUUGCGUGAAGAAGAAGAUGACGACUUGGUAACCACCUCAACAGUCAUGAGUCUGCAAUGUCCAGUCUCGUUCACCAGAAUGAAGUAUCCGGCCAAGUCAAUAAUGUGCAAACAUCUUCAGUGUUUCGAUGCACUAUGGUACAUAUAUUCGCAAAUGCAAAUUCCCACUUGGCAAUGUCCUGUUUGUCAAAUUGAGAUUAACUUGAAGGACUUGGCUGUAUGUGAGUACGUUGAUGAGAUUUUGAAGAAUUCUGAAGAAGAUGUCGAACAAGUUGAGCUAUCUUCUGACGGAUCCUGGACUCCAGUGGUCGAAGAAACGACAGCAAAACCAAAUGAUCGACAGCAAUCUAAUACAAUGGUCAAAACAGAGAAUGAUUAUGACGAUUACGACAAUGUGCCUCUUUCUAAACAAAAUGCUAAAGAAAUUGGAGCUUCUGCUUCGAACCAGCCUGUCGUUAUCUCUUUGGAUAGCGACUUGGAAGAUGAAGAUGACAUUGAGCAGAAUGACACACCGAAUUCUGAUAAGACACAAGAAAAUAAUAGAAGUGCUGCAGUACGAUUGAGUAGCGAUGCUGAUCAUCCCGGAUUGUAUAUGGACAGUUCCUCAACACCUUCUGAAGCUACGCUGGACCCAAGGGCACACACGGCAGAAACUCCCACGGCUAUGAGAACAGAGAGUGACAGAACAGAAAGUAACACAAGUUAUUUCAACAGAGAGAUACCGAACUCUUUGGAUAAGACCCCACUUAACAAUAGCAUAUCAGAUAAUGACACAUCAUUACCUGACGCCAGCACAUCGUCACCAGCACCGUCUACCAUAAUUCGAGGGUUAUUUACACCGGCGUAUCAACCGGCUUCCAGUGUUGGACACCCAUAUAAUGGUGUAAAUGAUAGCCAUGGCUCUCCCACAAUUAGAAGCAAUGGUACUUCAUCGACGAUGACAACCGUUGGCACACCUGAUCUCAAUAAACGGGAACAUUCUAGACGCACCUCCCAAGUCGUUUCCAAUUCACUUUUAGGACUGACAGGGAACUCAGUUGUUGCACCCUCUCUUCCUGUGAUGAAUUGUGCUCUUCAAGAUGCUGAAGGCACAGCGAAUAAUGGUGAAGGAAACGGUAUCAUCCCCCAACUGCCUCCAUUGCCUGUGACGCAAGCGAUCGAGAUCGCAGCUCAUGGAGCAAGGAAAAACAUCAAUGGAAGAAGUAAUUUAGCCACACAUGGCAGUAAUCUUCAUGCGAGGACCAAAAAGCCAGUAGUGUCCCCAUUUAUUCCCAAGAAGCCGUAUUUAAACAUGCUUCCGCAGAAAAGAAAUAUCUCAAAUGCGAGUAGUAGAUCUAUACUAUCACCAGAGUCACCGGCAUCAAUACAUAAUAAUCAAGGCGCUGACAAUAAUAACACCACAUCUCAGCCUAUUGAAAGCAGUUCAGAACCUCGUGAUAGUUCUGUCAUAGAUUUGACAUCAGAUUGA